AUGGUUAUCAUACAUUACAUUGGUUCUUUAGAAAAUGUUAGGCCAUUGCCACAUGGAAACCGAAUACCUCAUCUACAUUAUAUUACCCAUGUUCCAACGGCCAAGUCUCAAUUAAAAGCACAGCGUGAAAUGAUAGCGUAUCCGUCCAGUGACUCAUAUAAAAAACUUGUUUGUUCUGAUGUUAAUCCUUGUCUUGAAAAAGUAUUACACCCUAGGGACCAAAAACAAGUACAGAAUACAAAACGUAACGAACUGCAAAAACGGCUGUUGUCCAAAGAUGAUAUAAUUGGGGUACAAAUUACCGAUGCUAAAGACUUGCCAAAUAAACUUUGUUCAAAAUGUGUGCAAAAUACUGAACAGUGUUACAUCCAUAGAGAAACAUACAAGCGUCAUGAACGUGUUCUGUAUGACAUGAUUGAGGAAGCCAAGAAUUCACCAAGUUCUAAAUAUGUGUACAGUCCUGCUGAUUCAAACCACUCUUCAUCAUUAGGUGUAUCAUCUGAUCCUUGUUACAUUAAGUCCAAUAGUUCAGCCAAUAACAUCAAUAAUAGUUCUAAUUCUCCUGGGCCUAAUGAAACAAAUGAAUCUCUAGCUUCUCAUGUUGAAGUUCUCCAAGAGUGUGAUGAAAUGGCAGCAGAGGCGACAAAAGCUCAUAAUCCGGAAGAAACCGUUUCAGAAUAUAACACUAUUUGUACUGACAACAAUGCUAAGUAUGGAACAUAUAAUGAAGACAAAAAUGUUAUUGUAGAUAAAACUGAACCAGACAACGAUUAUGAUGAAGAAUAUACGAGCAAAGACCAUCGUAAACAUAGUUGCCCAACUAGAGCAUUGGAAGUAAGCGGUUUCCGAACACAAGAUGCUGGUGAUGAUAAUAAUUCAUCAGAUGAAGGAAAUGUUACAAAUCGGACACCUAAAAAUAUCCGUGCCAAUUCCCCUGCUGUUAUAGUCAAGCCUGCCUAUGAAUGGUCUAAUUUACAAGGCAGUCGCCAGAGCCUAAUAUUUCAAACAAAAAAUCCUGAUGAUACAGAUUCUGAAGUACGUCCUCAAGUUAUGCAAGUUGGUGAAUGGGCCAACAAUCAGGGUCAAUCAAAUGCUCCUACCGAUCCGUCAGAUCGCAUGGGUGUGCUGUUAUUUGCUGCUGCUCAUAUUAAAGAACUAAACACUAGGAGUGAUGAUGGUCAGUCUCCUGGUACACCCAAGGUCACUACUGCGGUACAUGGUAAAUUUGUAUCGUCAGAACAGAAGCGCAAGAUAUGUCAGACACAAUCAAAAAUUAGGCGGCAUUCAGAUGGUCAUCAAGUACAACAGCAAAUUAAUGACAUAAAUGCUUCACUAAAUAUACCCAGAAAACGUACUACUGGGGAAUUAUCGGUUCAGAAAAUGUGCAGUAACUGUAGAACUACAUGUUCAUCAAUAUGGCGACGAAUAAAUGAAAACCCAGUAUGCAAUGCCUGUGGAUUAUACUAUAAACUACAUGGAAAAAUCAGACCACUCAGCUUGAAACGUGACUUCAUAAAUACUAGACAACGUAGAAAACGAUCAGACAACGGUAUGAACGUUAGCAUGGAUAAGAAACAAAUCAAAAUUAAAAAAACAAAAGACACUAAAUUGGGAGAAGAUUGCUAUAAAGUAGAACAACCGCUAUCGCCCAAUUCAGCGGCUGUUAAAACUAUAAUUGAAGAUCCCGUUCAAGAUGAAACACUACUAAAUGUUGUCAGCAAAUAA